AGACACACGCCCCCUUGGAAACCUGUCACACUUAUUCCAGUCUAGGUCGCAACACACUCGCGCGUAAAACUUAGAGACACACCCCCAGCUUUAUCAGUCGUCAUCUCAAACCCGUUGAUAAGAUUGCUCUUGGCUUCGUUACUUCAACUUAGUCGGCAUCACGCCCCCAUGCCUGCGCCUCUAUUAGUUAGUUAUUAUAUGGCCUCGAAGAAACGCGCGCGCCCCCCUCCCCGGGGUUUACUUUUUUUCUUCUUCUUUCACUUUCAUCCUUUCAACUUUCAAACAAGAAAACAAACAAUAAAUCACAUCUCGAACUAGUCAUAACGACUCAUUCUGAUUUACAUACCUAUUCUGUACCAUCUUAAAGCGUUCUGUUUCUUUUGCCCCUGGUUCGCUUGUUGUUAGUCCGUUUAGCCCCAGUCUUUCUCAUCUGCCGCAUCCCAACGCCCUUUCCAUCUUUUGACUCAUACGAGGCGCUCCGACCCCCUUUCUAAGCGGCAAUCGCCAUUCGCAAUAGCAACUGUCUAUCCUCAUUACUUAUCUUCCCUCAUCCGCACAUAAUCUACCUGCUUUGCCAUACCUUAAACAAGUCCGCUUUAAAGCACCCUUUUUCAUCAUCAAUAAAGGAACAUCUGACGACAUUCCUGCUCCUUCUGUCUCGCCUGCUUUCUCUUGACAAAGGCGCCUCCCUACUAUUCUGUGUCAUACAUUCCAGCAGAAGAGCCUCGUGAUAACCCGGUCCCAGUGGUGUCACGCAAGCAACUCGUCGUUAUUCUCGAGUUCUUUGCCACCCCGUCAUCGACCUUUUCUGUGAAACAGAUACUUACGACCAUCAAUUUCUUUGUUUCAAUAACCCUUUCGGACUUCGUAUCACUUAAUCCCUAAUACCUCCCCCAAUCCAUCAGCAAUCUUAGACUGGCAUAACCCUCCGAGACCACCUGUCCCAAUCAGCUAUACAACGACAUCUCGUUACACAGGAACUUAUCAGGAACUUCGUCAAGCCGAUACCAAGGCACCUCAGGAUUCUCAUCCCUGUCCGUCUCUUUGGAUAGACUUUGGACAUUCUCCCUGUGGACGGGAACAUCCCCAAUAACCACACAACUAUGGCUACCAUGUUUGAGACACCUGCCCAGUACGAGCGUGACAUUCGCGGCGCAAGCAAGGAAUGGCGACGCGGAAAGAACUCGGCAGAGAAAUGGGCAAUUGGUGCCAGGCCGCUAGCCGGCGUGCGCUGUGACAUGAUCACUGGCGAACUUUCCGGAGGCAAUGAGGCCAUGCUUGCAAAGGUCAGGCCGAGGAAGAAGCACUCUGACUACCCCAGCCGGCUGAAGAAGGGUGGCAACGUCGGCAAAGCAACUCGCGGUAACCCAGACUAUCGCCACGUCAAUGGACGUGCGAGUGGCAGACUUGGCGCACAAGGAGAGAUUGAGGAGACCUCCAGAUCAAUACUAGAUCUGCUUGUUCCUCAGACCGCCCUGAGGGAUGGCAUCGAGGGCGUCCUGUACAGCUACGAUACUACCGAAACCCCAGGGCUGCGUGCACCAGUCGGCCUUGACUUGUAUGUCAAGACAAACCCCAAGACGACCGAGAGGUUCGUCGAGAAGGAGUACGAGAUCGUGGACACCAACGGUGAUCUGCUCAAGGGCCGCAAGGCCCGCCGGGAUCUGCGCAAGUCAGCCGGUGGCCCAAGUGCCGCUGAGAGGCCUGCUACGGCGUCGACACAUAUCGACGACGACGAUGACGAUUUUGAGCUUCUCUGAGAGCAAUCGUUGCGGACGAGCAUUCGGAGGCGUUUUGAUUUGUUGUCAGCUAGCAUUUUCGACUCUCGUACUCAUGUAUAACCCUUCAGCAAACUGCCAUUUUGCAGCAUUCUUACUUUUUUUUCUUUCUUUCAGGGCGACUCUGGAUCCUUUUUUUUUUUUUUUUUUUUUUUUUGCUUAAUUCAUUUAGAGUCCCGGAGUCUGGCGUUGAUGAAGUUCGCUGGGGCACGUAUGAUUAUUCAUGCGCCAAACGUUCAUUCCUGGGUCUGCUUUACGCUUGACAGUAGAUUACCUACCAGCUGACAUUGGGCGGUGCUGUUCUACUUGGGUUCCUGACCUUCAAUGAACGAUGGGGUGUACAGGUCACAGCAAUGUGCACCAAUCUGGCUUUAGGAACCUGUUUGCGUUAGAAUGUGUGUUAUGAUUAUUCAACGGCAUAUGUCGAUGUUGUUUUCCAGCUGUUGGGAAUACCGUUCAUAGAGUGGAGCUGGGAAGGUGAAGGUGGAUUGUGUCAGCGAAGGACAUUAGGUCCAGUUGUCACUAGCACUGGCAGUGUGCAAGUCCCUGAAGUCACCGCUUCAGCUAUCUGCUGUCAAUGCGAAGUCGAUUGCUCUGGUCACAGAUAACAUUGCUCAAUCAAGUGUAAGUAUGACAACAGACGCAACUAGAACUACCAAGUUCCUAUUUAAACUUGUUUCGGGA